AUUGAAGCACAUGCACGUACAACCUAACAAGAUUAUUACGAGGUACCAUAUAAAAUGUAUCUUACAAAUAUUUAGCUUCGAGCUUUCAAUUCAAGCUUUACUCUCCACUCUAUUCCGUACCUACAUCUCAUAUAAAGAAUAUCUCCACAUACGCACAUAAUAUGCAUACCUAAGACGCUUCGAUGUAGAGUCGAACGAUAGCCCACGAUGCUAAUACGUCGAUUGGAUUACCCCGAUAAAAAAAUACCUAUUAAAAAAUGGCAUCUUUAUUACGCCAAAUUGUCGCAGGGCCUCGCGCCAGACAUCCCGAAACAGGUUUGGACCUUUGCUAUGUCACAGAUAAUAUAAUUGCAACAUCCGGUCCCUCACAGACAUACCCUCAACGCGCCUACCGCAACCCUCUCGAUCGCUUGGUCCAAUUCCUCGAUUCCAAACAUGGAAAGAACUGGGCGAUAUGGGAAUUCCGUGCCGAAGGCACCGGCUAUCCCGACGAGCUCGUUUACAACAGGAUUAGACAUUACCCUUGGCCGGAUCACCACCCCCCGCCGUUUAGGCUGGUACCAAUGAUCAUUGCGAGCAUGCGGAACUGGCUGAACGGAAAUGAUCUCGAGGCUGAUAACGCGGACAAUUCCGGCGACAAGAAUAAUCUGGUUGGAAAGGUGCUGGAUACUUUGAAGGAGGGUAAGAAAGGUGGCCGUGUGGCUGUCGUACACUGCAAGGCCGGCAAGGGUCGCAGUGGAACCAUGGCUUGCAGCUAUCUCAUCGCGGAAUGCGGCUGGACGCCGGAGCAGGCUCUUGCGAGGUUCACAGAGAGAAGAAUGCGGCCCAAGUUUGGUGCGGGCGUAACUAUCCCGAGCCAGCUGCGAUGGAUAGGAUACGUCGAUCGCUGGACCAAGGCAGGCAAGAAAUAUGUCGACCGAGAGGUGGAAAUUGUCGAGAUUCAUGUCUGGGGGUUGCGUUCAGGUGUCAAGCUUUCGGUUGAAGGUUAUGUAGACGGAGGGAAGAAGAUCAAGGUCUUCCACACCUUCUCGAAAAAGGAGCGAGUCAUAGUUGAAGGCAAUGCGCCAGGAGACACCGGGGUUUUGGAUAUGAUAUACGAUAUGGCCGGCUACGGAACCAACUCUACAGCGGGCCAGGAAGCCCUCAACGAAGCGAAGCAACCCAAUGCAGUGCAUAAUAAUGAGUCUAUAGUGGCGUCACCUAAGGAGGACUCGCAGUCGCCAGCAUCAAAACUAAAAAGGAAGCCGGUCCCGAAACUUAUUUCCAGGCCUUCCCAGCGUUCGUCUGCUGAAUCCCUACACUCUUCCCGUAGUAUGCCCGAAAGCAACCCCAAAUCAACACCCUCGAUCCUCCCCAGCUCAUCCUCGUCGACUUCCAAGAACGGUGCUGACGCGGAACCCGGAGGCAUGGCUGUUAUCUUUAAGCCUGACAAGCCGAUCAAGCUACCUACUAGUGACGUGAACAUCUGUAUCGAACGCCGCAACCGCACGCCCUCCGCCAUGGGCUUCACCAUGGUCACGGCCGUGGCGCACGUAUGGUUCAAUACCUUUUUCGAGGGCAACGGGCCCGAGCAAGACGGCAACCCGGAUCUGACUGGGGUCUUCGAGAUCGACUGGGACAAGCUGGACGGGAUCAAGGGGUCGAGCCAGAAAGGCACCCGUGCCGCCGAUAAGAUUGCGGUAGUGUGGAGGUCCGUCGUGGCAGAAGGCGAGACGAAGGAAUCGGUCCUGCCGAUGCCUAGCAUCAACGCGCCUGUCCCGCAGAUGCCGGCCGCCGACUGGAAGGGCGGUAACAACGAGGAUCCGUAUCGCGAAAGGCAUCUGGGGUUACGCGUACAGAGUCCCGACAGCGCAGACGUUAGCCAAGCCAGCAGUAUUAAGGACGAGGCUGCUGGGGAGGCUAAGACUAGUGAUGGCGAGGAAACUCAAGAAGACGUAGUGGAUACGAAGUCUGAUGUGAAGGGAGAAAAUGACGGGAACCUGGAGGGAACAUCGGAACGGGGUACGGAAGGGGCUGGGGGGAAGCAGGGCGACGAUGAGCAACUUGAUGCGUACAAGGAAAAGCUGCCUAAACCCGAAGGUAGUAAGAAAUAACGCGGGGAGUUAUGAUUAUUACGGAUCGUCAUUGUUUGCCAAUGUGGAUUUGAAGCGGUAGUGAUACCAUGAUAGGGCUUAUACCAGCCAUGGCGCGCGAAUAUGAUUGUUUCAUUUGUUUAUCCUAGGUUAGGCGGUACAUAGAGCUUGCAAUAUCAAAACAUAACUCCAAUUAUACCUAUCUCAUAUUUUACUAUACGGAGGACCGUUUACCUAGUUGGUUUUAAGAAUCUAUACCUACGAG